CAUCACUUGCAAGCUUCAUUUUGCUUUCAGGUCCACUCGAGGAGCAUCAAAGCAGCGUCGAGAUCAGAUCAAUGUGGAGAUCCAGCGAUUACGAGAUCUCCUGCCAUUAUCAGAGUCGAUCAAGGACCGACUCUUUCAGCUGCAGGUUAUGUCACUUGGAUGUAUCUACAUCAGGAAGCAUCGCUAUCAAAAACACAGUAAGAAUUUCUUGAUUUCCAUGCUUGUUGUAAGCGAUCGUUGGGUGGUUCCAGUACUGAAAACGAUUGCGGAGAAUAGCAUACCGUUGCCGAAGGGACUUGAUGUUUGUAAAGCUUUGCGAGGAUUCUUAAUAAUGCUGAACAGAAGUGGGAAGCUAUUGCAUGUUUCGGAUAACGCUAGCGAGUAUCUUGGACAUUCCAUUGAAGAAAUAAUGUGUCAAGGCGAUUCUAUCUUUGAUCUCGUGGACCCUCGUGAUCAUCCCACAAUCCAAACCGAGCUGAGCAGUGGACCUCAACCGACAACGUCCUUUCCCGAAGAGAGGGUAUUCCUCUGUCGCCUAAACCUUGCCAGAACUGCCAAGAGGCAGUUACAAUACCACAAGGUAACCCUAGUUGUAAUGCACUCCUACUGA